AUGGCGGAGGCAACAAUCCGAACAGAGGAGGUGCGUGACCUCACACGCGUUGAGCGCAUUGGGGCACAUUCGCACAUCCGUGGACUGGGGCUUGAUGACGCUCUUGAGGCGCGUGUGAGCAGUCAAGGAAUGGUGGGGCAGGUGGAAGGACGGCGUGCCGCCGGUGUGGUUGUUCAGAUGAUCAGGGAAGGAAAGAUUGCGGGCCGUUGUGUGCUUCUUGCCGGUGGACCUGGAACAGGCAAAACGGCGAUUGCAAUGGGAAUGGCGCAGGCACUUGGUGCCGAGACCCCGUUUACCAUGAUUGCUGGCAGUGAAAUUUUCUCUCUUGAGAUGUCAAAGACAGAAGCACUCACACAGGCGUUUCGCCGAAGCAUCGGCGUUCGCAUCAAGGAGGAGACGGAAGUCAUAGAAGGUGAGGUGGUUGAGAUAUCCAUUGAGCGACCGUCCACGAAUCCUGCGGAAGCGAAAGGGCGCACAGGCCAAUUGGUGCUGAAGACCUCCGACAUGGAAUCGACGUUUGACCUUGGAGUGAAGAUGAUAGAGAGUCUUCAGAAGGAAAAGAUUCAGGUAGGGGAUGUUAUUACCAUUGAUAAGGCGACAGGCAGAAUUAAUAAGCUGGGUCGGAGUUUUGUGCGCAGCAAGGAUUAUGAUGCCAUGUCAUCUAACACAAGAUUUGUUCAGACCCCAGAAGGAGAAUUGUCAAAGCGGAAGGAGGUGGUACAUACGGUGACUCUGCAUGAAGUGGAUGUCAUCAACUCAAGGCAACAAGGUUUCCUUGCCCUGUUCGCUGGUGAUACGGGUGAAAUCAAACAUGAGGUGCGUGAACAGAUUGAUCAACGCGUGGCUGAAUGGAGAGAAGAAGGUAAAGGCGAAAUUGUUCCAGGCGUCUUAUUUAUUGAUGAAGUUCAUAUGCUGGACAUUGAGUGUUUCUCAUGGCUGAAUCGUGCGUUGGAAAGUCCUCUUGCACCGGUUGUAAUUAUGGCCUCCAAUCGUGGUAUUUCUCGCAUUCGUGGAACGCAGUACAAGGCACCCCAUGGCAUUCCCAUUGAUCUGCUCGACCGUAUGGUCAUUAUUACGACCAAACCGUAUUCUGAGGCUGAGCUUAGCAAGAUCAUUCGCAUUCGCUGUGAAGAAGAGGACGUGGAAAUGGAUGAGGAUGCCAUAGCACUGCUUACCAUGCUUGGUAAGAGUACCUCGUUGCGAUAUGUUCUUCAGCUCAUUACAACGGCCAAUUUGGUUACCCAAAAGCGGCGAGCUUCUACGGUAUCAAUUCACGAUAUCAAGAAGGUUUACUCUCUUUUUAUUGACCUGCGUCGCAGUGUGGAGCUGCUGCGGGAACACGAGAAAGACUUCCUUUUUGGUGAGGCUGACGAAGGGGUGGAGAUGGCUUACCGUUCAGGUUGCGAAAAUGAAGAGGAAGCUUAG